GUGAAAAGUACCGAUAUUGGAAACUAGCUUCUCUGGAUAUUUCAUGCCAUAUGCUAUGUAACAUCUGUCGUUCAAAAAGCCUGAUGCUAUACUGCUACAGGCGCAGCCGCGCAUAUACAAGGGUUCUCCGCUGACUCAGCAAUCUACGGUGACGACCGUUUUGCCUCAAUACCAGUCCUAGGGGGCUAGGCAGCCUUAGGGAGGCUGCAGGACCUCAAACCGCCCAUUCGUCUCAACAACUUUAUUUGCCCAAUAACCUUUCACUUAAUGUAGCUCUAGCAUGCCUACUCUCUCCCUUUUCCAAUUGAAUAUCUGUUCCCGUAUUUGUGACACCCGCGCUGAAACUGAAAUAAAUGACCAUUUGACAAUUCCUCAUAUUACUUCACAAUGGGCCAAGCCCCCUCGCAGGAUCGCAGGGCUCGACGAACCCAUGAACAGCUGACACAAGAGCUCGCAUACAGAUUUAAAGAAAAGUGUUUUACGUCGAUUGAGUAUUACUCGCUGAAAGAUGUGUUCAAGAACCUGGCAGACCAGCAGGGAGAUAUCCGGUAUCUUAAGGAAGACACCAUAGCUCGUUUCCUGGAGAUCCCAGACAUCCUUGGAGCAUCGCCCGUAAUUUUUCAUAUGGUUUCGUAUCUCGGUGCUUUUCCCUUCCUCCAAGAGGCACCGGUGGUGCUGGAGCUCGCGCAGCUAAUCAUGGUCGUUGUCAUCAUGACGGAACGGUAUAAACGCGUCCUCGCCAAGGGAUCAACAGACAGAACAAAACUUCUCUUUAAAAGCCUGGCUGUCUAUGACCGGAAAGCCACGGAAGCCGAUACUAAUGAGCAGGAUUCUCCCUCUGACGCCGCCAGCAAACAGCCUAGUACCCAAUCUCAAUCUAAAGGGUUUGCGGUUGAUCAGCCGGGAUUAGGCGAUGAAGACGAGGACGAAGAGGAUGAUGAUGACCUGGUAAUCACGGCAUUUGAGUUGCUUGAUGUCAACGAGGCGGUCAAGCGCGGCGACGUCUCUACUAUUCACGAAGCGAUAAUUCCAACCGAUAAUUUGCGGAAACUGAUAAUGCUGUUACUAUUAGCUGCCCCCUUGGAUCCGCAAGAGAGCCUAUCGCAGUAUUCCACCCGGGUUGCGGAUCAAGAAUUGGAGUUGCUCCGAGCUACGGCAGAGUGUGUGCUAGCUUCCUUCGUUAAUGUCGAAACCUCCCCGGGUAUCAGAUAUACUCGAUUCAAGACAGUCAUCCCGGCCCUGUUUCCCAAUCUCUUUUCUGGUUUCAAUGGACUUUUUGAGCACUUUCUUUUCUCUAAAGACCUUGAUUUUUCGAAGCAUAAGGAUGAUAAGCCCGGCGAGUCGCAGUAUAUUGGCAAGAUAGCGCAACCUUUAUUACCAGUCCCUGGUGACAUCCUAAACGAACACACCCUGUCGCAGCUUUCACUAUUUCUCCCUGGCUCUUCUUUAUUUCGAAGAGUAAGAUUGCUGUAUUCUGGCAAUGAUGCUGGGUUUUCGAUGGGAAGCCUAGAGUCAAAGAUAUUUAACUGGAGAGCGCCAACGAUCCUUCUGGUAAGCGGAACGAGAUUAGAAGAUACCCCCGAUGGUGGCCAGGAGGCUUCAUUUGCUGCCUCGCUUCCACCAAAACGAGUACCCCACGGCAGCAAAUCCGAGCGAGUGACGUUUGGAGCUUACAUCAGCGAGCCAUGGAAGCAUACCCAUCGGGAGUGCUUUGGUGAUUCUGAAACAGUUCUCUUCCAGCUGGAACCCAUCCACGACGUCUUUACUGCCAGCACCAUCAACACAGACUACGUUGCUUUUACAAAGCCUCCUGGAAAUCGACCCUGUCUCUCGUUUGGCUGUCCACAUCCUAAACCAACACAGUCACAUCGCAAACAAGGUCUGCAUGCUCUGGGGGCUGUCUCUCUACUGUUUGAUGAAUCCUUUGAGUUUGGUGUGUUCAAUCAUGACUACAAGUCAAGAGGAGGUGCUUUCCACACUAGCAUUGUGAGAAAAUUUGACUUCCAAGAUCGAUUCCGCAUUGAGAGCUUGGAGGUCUGGGGAUGUGGCGGCGACGACGAGGCUAAGGCGCAGGCAGAGCGAUGGGCCUGGGAAGAACGAGAAGCAGAAGCUCGCCGUAAGAUUAACCUAGGAACGGGCGAUAUCGAUGCAGAUAGAGCUCUGCUGGAAAUGGCUGGCCUCAUAGGAGGAAAUCGCAGCGGUGGUUCAAUGGGUUAGCAAUGGUACGACGACGAUUUCAUGUCAUCUUCGUCGCUGAAGCCAUCUUGAACCCCUCUUUGUUACAGC